UUUAUAUUCACACACAAAUUACUUGAAAAGGGGAUCACACAAAGAGUAAGGAAAAUGCCGGCAACUUUCGGUUUGCUAUUUAAACGAAAUGUAUGGAUUGAACUGGGCUUAUGGCGUCACACAUUAUUCGAGACAAUAGCUUUAGUUAUUAUGCUAUUCAUGAUUCUAGUUAAUCCCGUGACACAUUCGAAACGUUUGCUAUACAGUCACAGCGAUUAUGAAGGCGAACGGAGCAUUGUGUCCCAUAAGCUGGACGAUAUCAAUAUAUUGACGAGUUUGGCCGACUCGAAGCGUGAGAAAAUGCAUUAUCUAUUGGCCUUUUGUCCGAUAACGGAGUUUGCCAAAGAAAUCGCCGAUGCGGUUGCCAAAACAUUGGAAUUGAAUGGGACUAUACCAUUUGUUGAUGCCGAUCAAUUGCAGAAUCAAUUUGAAGAGCGUAAUACAAUAGCUGGCAUUGAGUUCAAUAAUCUUGAGCAAGAGACGAUACCAAAAGUUUUGGAUAUAACCAUACGUUUUCCCAGUGAAUUUCGUACAUUGAGUCCGUUUCUCACCGAGAAUCGUUUGUGGGUGACACGUUGCUCCGGUGUGAUAAGUGCCACAAGAGAUAAAGCUGCCGAUAACGACAGGCAUCAGGAUAUUUAUAUUCGAGAGGGUUUUCUACAAUUGCAACAUCAAAUCUUUUUGGAAUGGUAUCAUCGCCUGCGUACCCAAUAUCCCAGUGCAUUCAGUGAGCCAAGUGUCCAGGUCCAUAAUAUACGUUUGAGGGUGGCAAAUGGUGGCUGUAGCCAGAUCGGAUUCGUUAAUGGGCCAAUAUUUCUAUUCAAUUUCAUCUACUUGUUGCCCUUUCUGAAUGUCAUCCGGAACAUUGCCUCCCAAAUAGAAGAUGGUGUUAUGGUACAUCAUUGGCAUUAUGGUUACUCGUUUAAAAAGCAAUGGCUCAAUAUAUUCCUAGUGCUACUCAUGCGUCUGCUUAUAUUGGGUUUAGUUUGCCUUAUUCUCAUUUGCAUUGCAUGGUCCAUUGAUAAAGGAUCAUUCUCCUUUGUAACGUUCUUACUAAUGGUUAUUUUCAUUAUAAUUUUUACAAUCGAACUAAUAUUAACUGCCAUGGUAGUGGCCAAAUUGUUCUCAAAUCCGACCAAUGCAGUGCUCUUUGGUCUCGUCAUUUGGCUCUUCAAUUAUGCAGCGUUUGGCAUUAUAUCGACCCGCUAUUGGGAUAAUCAUGGCUACUAUGUGUUGUUCAUAUUGAUGGUAUUCUUCAAUAGUCAAGUGGCCUUUAGCAUGCAAUUCUUUCGCCGCUAUUUCGAUGAUCCCAAUCAAUUGGAUUCCUAUGACUUCACAGUGCUCUAUGUGACAGCAUUGUGCUGCAUUUUGAUCUAUUCGCUGCUGCUGAUAAUGCUGCAAUGGCGUUUUCCUGGACGUUUACUGAGUCGUCGCAUUAUGAUGGGUAAGCCCCGCAAGCAACAGGAAAAGGAUAAUGCCAUCAUGUUCCUGGGACGAUCGCCUAGUUGGCAGAACUUUGAAUUCGGUGAUGUGGGCAGUGAGGAAAUGAUACGUUUGCGGCACGUUAGCACCACUCAUCAUGACUCGGAGAAAAAGGUCCUCAAGAACAUCUCAAUGCGUGUCUACAUGGGCGAGGUGUAUGUCCUCCUUGGGCACAUUGGUUCCGGAAAACUGACUAUAUUGCGUCUAUUGUGCGGUCUGAAAUAUCCAACGCGUGGUUCCGUUAACAUUCGGGGCAAGGAAUUCCAUGAGGAGGCAAGCGAAAGUCGCCACUAUGUCGACUAUCGUUCCACUGAGCAUGGUCUCUCCCGUCACCUGACCGUGGAGCAGACCAUCGAUUUUCAUGUCCGUCUCAAGCUAGCACCACAGGAUGCCGAUCGCUUCAAUAUCGAGAAACGCAAAUGGUUGUCCAUUCUCGAUCAGCAUAUUGACAAUCUGAAUAUUAAAAUCGAGAAACUAAGCUUUGGCAUGUGCCGUUUGGUGGCCCUUUGCUGUUGUCUGGUGGCCGACACUAAAAUCAUUGUCUUGGAGGAGCCCACAAUGCGCCUAACGCCAAGUGAAUCGCAAUUAUUUUGGUCCAUUGUGUCAUCCGAGAAGGAGGAUCGUGCCUUUGUUGUUGCCACCUACAGCGUGGACGAAGCCUCCCAGGUGGCCGAUCGUGUUGGCAUUCUCAGUUUGGGCGUCCUCGAAGCCAGCGGAACUCCAUUUUUCCUAAGAGCCAAAUUUAGCAGUAACGUGGAUUUGGUGAUCAUCAAAAAGCCCCAUGUGCCCGAUCAACCGAUUACCGAUUUUAUGAGCCAAUUUAUACCCUAUGUCGAGCCAGAGAAUGAAAUCGGUGACACUUUGAUGUACAAAAUAUCGGGCGAGCAUCGUCCUCGCCUACAAAAAUUGCUCAUCCAUUUGGAGAAUGAACGCAAAAUGCUGGGCAUUGAGAAUGUCCGAGUCGUUGGCUCCGAAAUGUCGGAUAUCUAUAUGAAAUUGGUUACAUCAUUUCGUCUACAGCAACAGAUAAUACCGGAUGUCACGCAAACCUUUAAAUAUCAAGUGGUAUCGAAGAAGGAACUCCGUAAGCAACAGAUGCGGGCGAUGUGCUAUAAAAAGAUGGUCCAUACGGCUCCAAAUGUUUGGCCCGUAAUCAUGAUAUUCACCAGUUUCAUUUUGAUCGUAAUAAUAGCUAGACUUUGUGUGGUUUUGGAUGUGCCCAAUAUACGGAAUAAUACCAUACACAUUGGUUUUCGGGGCAAUGUCAAUUUUAUGGAUAAUAUACCAAAUCUGAACGAUUGCGGAUACGUUGAUAUCCAAACGUUGGCCAUGACACCAACGUAUCAGAAGGUAAAUGCCAUAUCACGGAUAUUUGAGGCCAAUUCGUUUGUCUGCAUGAAUGGCAGCUAUAGGGAGAAUUUGAAGAAAAAUGCUGAGUUUGCCAGUUUUGGUGCCGUCGAAUCGGAUGGGGAACAGGGUUUGGAUGGCUAUAUAAGUCAGGAUACAUUCCAUUCCGCUCCCAUGAUGUUGAAUCUAUUGCAUAAUAUUUUAAUCAAAUUAACCUAUCCGGACUCAAAGGAGUUUGUAUGCUUAGUGGAUAAUCAUCCCAUGCCCACACCGUUGUCAAUGAAAAUCAAUUUGCUGGACAAUGAGAUAGCCCAUAUCAAUGCACCAUUAACGAUCGGUUGUAUUUUGCCGCUGACCGUGUCCGUGUUCAUUAUACCCUUGGUGGAGGAGCAUAUCCAUCAGUUGAGGGUGUUGCAAGUCAUAGCCGGAUUGGGAUUGCAGAUCUAUUGGGGCAUCUGUUUGUUUUGGGAUCUAUUCACCUUUGUCAUUUACUCGAUAAUCAUUGUGGUCAUCAUGACAUUGGUGGGCAUUGGGGACUUUGGUGUCUAUGAGAACAUAUUGCUGAUCCUACUAAUUAUGGUCUUUGGAUUGGCUGCCCUGCCGUUAACCUAUCUCUUGUCCAUGUAUGUGAAUGCUUCAAUUGUGCGAGCCUUUCUCGCCUCGGUGUUGCUGCACGGUUUGACUGGCAUUGUGCUCUACAUUAUCUACUGGGAUGUGGCCAAUAGUAAUGAGAUAUUCUUCUAUGGUGCUUGCCUGUCGCCAGGAUUUUCACUUCUCGACGGUGUUAGCAAUCUUUACACUCAAUCCCUAGAGGAGGCUCGCUGCAAGGCCAAAUGCCAGGCCCUUAGUGGUUGCACCCCGGAGAAUUUGCAUGAAGUGGUGCCCCAUUGUAAAAACAACAGCUAUUUCACGUGGGGAGAUGCAGGAAUAUUGCCACCGCUUACUUUCAUGUUACUAGCGGCAUUAAUUUCAUUGCUUUUAAUGUUCUGGAUUGAGCUUCAUCGCAAGGAGAAGAAAUUUCAUUCGUCCAGAGAUCUCCAUAAAAUGCGUUCAGCUACCUAUCCGUUCGAUGAUGGUGAUGUGGCCGAUGUGAAAUUGAAAAUCGCCGAUGCCGAUAUGCACAAGUGCAAGCAAUCCGUAUUUCUGGUGGAUCAAGUGGAGGCCAAAGUACCAAAAACGGGAUAUAAAAUCGAUACGGUUUCGUUUGCCUUGAACAAAUAUAUGAGCAUGGGAAUCUUUGGACCACGGAAUACGGGUAAAAGUCAUUUGGUUCGCCAAUUGGUUGGUGUCGAUGGCUUUGCAUUUGGUGAGAUUUAUGUACGUGGAUUGGAUUUCAAAUAUGACUUGGAUAGUAUAUUAACCUAUGUCGGCUAUUGUCCGCAACAUUUCGGCCUACUGGACGAUCUGACACCGCGCGAGCAUAUCCGGCUAUUGUGCAUGAUCCGUGGUGUGCCGGAGAAGAAGAUCGGUGAGAAAAUGCAUGACUUGUGUCUAAUGCUCAAUAUGACUGGUUGGAUGCAUCGCAAAUGUGGCCUCCUAACACCGGAGAAGAGACGCAAAGUGAAUGUGGCCCUCGCUUUGGUGGCGUAUAAUAAAAUCUUGAUAUUAGAUGAACCCACAGCGGGCAUGCCAUCGACAACACGUCGCGAAAUCUGGAAUAUAUUGCGUUAUAUACGUUAUUGCGGCAAAACGAUUAUAUUUGCCACCAACGAUGAGUUGGAAUGCAAAGUGUUGGCCGACUUUAUAAUACUCUUUCAGGACAGCGAAAUGCUGGCCAUUGGUAGUAUGCAGUAUUUGCGUUAUAAGUACAGUCAUGGCUUCUAUUUGGAAGUUCGUCUAAUACGGGAUGGUGCCACACUGCAAGAGUCGGAGGACAAUUUGCGCAAGGAUGUGGAGAAUUUGGCACGUUUUGUUAACUUUUUACAUGAUAAAUCGGAAUUGGUGGGUCGCUUGCAUAAUUGGUUCAAGUAUUAUGUACCAGUUGGCCAUAUUGUCUAUUCAUAUCUUUAUGGUGCCAUGGAGAAGAACAAGGUGCGUUUGAAUGUCUAUGACUAUUGCAUCUAUCAGGCAAGUAUGAAUAAUGUCCUUGCUCAAUUGCAAGAGACUCGAGCCGAAUUGAAACGUACUCAAGAUCCUUUGGAAAUGGAAUCGGUGGAAAAUAUGGAAUCUACUACGGAUCCCACUGAAACGACUUUAGACAAUAACCAAAUUGAUUCUAAGAAAUCAAAACGUAAGAAAUCUCUAUUUAACUAAAAAAAAAAUUGAAGAAGAAAAGAAAAUGUUUUGCAAUUAAA